AUGAUUAGUUUUAUUGCAAAAACUGAUGAGAAGGAAACAGUAGACAAUGUGCAUAGUGGGCAUGAGAAGGUCAACUUCCCAAGGUCACAGCUCCAAGAGAUGCUGCAAGGGGGACCUGAGCAAUCUGAGGUGCAGCUGCAACAUAUUAAGGGUGUGGCCAUCAGGAAAGACCAAGAGAAAUAUGGACAGAAUAAGCUGCUACCUAGAGGAGAAUGUGAAUUUAACAUUGAUAUCAAAUUUUGUGUUCUCAGUGAUGACACCAGCACUCUGAUAAUUUUGUAUGUAGAUACUCCAAACUUUUUGAUAACUGUAAUACUACAAAUUGAACUGAAGCAAAUUUUUCUUUAUCAUGACUGCAGAUUCUACAUCACCACUGUUGGAGAUUUCACCUUUCCCUUGGAAAUUAUGCACAACCAAAGCUUUGUAACUGAAUUUGUCCUCCUGGGGUUUUCACAGAAUCCAAACGUUCAGAAAAUAUUAUUUGUUGUAUUUUCGUUUGUCUAUAUUGCAAUAGUUGGGAUAAACAUGUUAAUUGUAGUAACCAUCCUCAGCAGCCCUGCACUACUGGAGUCCCCAAUGUACUUCUUCUUGACUUUCCUGUCCUUCCUAGAUGCAUGCUUCUCCUCCGUCUUCACCCCGAAGAUGAUCGUGGACUCCCUCUAUGAGAGGAAAACCAUCUCCUUUGAAGGCUGCAUGAUGCAGCUUUUUGCUGAACACUUCUUUAGUGGGGCAGAGGUGAUUGUCCUCACAGCCAUGGCCUAUGAUCGGUAUGUGGCCAUUUGCAAGCCUUUGCAUUACUCUUCCAUCAUGAACCGGAGGCUCUGUGGCAUUCUGAUGGGAGUAGCCUUGACAGGGGGCUUCUCUCAUUCCAUGAUACAAAUCCUCUUUACUUUCCAGUUGCCCUUCUGUGGUCCCAAUGUCAUCGAUCACUUCUCGUGUGACCUGUAUCCAUUACUGGACCUUGCCUGCAUCGAUACUCACAUCUUUGGCCUUUUUGUGGUCGUCAACAGUGGAUUUUUCUGCAUCAUUAUCUUCUCCUUGUUGCUUGUCUCCUAUGGUGUCAUCUUGUUCUCCCUGAGAACUCAUAGUUCUGAAGGGCGGAGAAAAGCUCUCUCUACCUGCGGAUCUCACAUUACUGUUGUGGUUUUGUUCUUUGUCCCGUGCAUGUUUGUAUACGCACGACCUCCAUCUGCUUUUUCCUCUGAUAAAAUUGUGGCAAUAAUUUAUGCCAUCCUGACUCCCUUGCUAAAUCCUCUGAUUUAUACUUGCAGGAAUAAGGAGGUAAAAGAUGCCAUGAGGAAAGUGUGGAAGAGAUUGGUGGUGAUUUCUGAUGGAAAAUAA